UCAUUCACAGAGAGAGAGAGAGAGAGAGAGAGAGAUGGGGAAGCUCAGCCACGAGCCGUACAUCCACCACUUCAGCCACCCGCACCCCCUCGAGCUCACCAACGUCGCUCAAUCUCAGUCCAUGAACCUCAGCAUCACCAUCUGCUCCUGCUGCACACUCCGCUCCGACGGUGGCUACAUGUACACUUGCCGGACCUGCAGUGUCGGCGGCGGCAGUGGGUUCGCCCUCCACUUGGCGUGUGCCCAGAUGCCAGCCCUAAUAACCCACCCUUCCCACCCCAAGCACCCCCUGUCCCUCCUCCCAGCCACGCCCUACCACGGUGGCUCUUCCUUUAACUGCGACGCCUGCAGCUGCCCCGGCACAGCCUUCUGCUACCACUGCCCUGACUGCGACUUCGACCUCCACCCCACAUGUGCCUCCAAGCCACUCUCCACAGCCCACCCUCGUCACCACCACCAGCUCAGCCUAGAGUUCUUCCCACCUUACAGCAUCAGGGCUUUCUCGUGCGAUGUGUGCGGUGGCACUGGCAAGAACCACUGGCUCUACCGAUGCACUUCAUGUGAGUUCGAUGCCCACUUGGAGUGCGCCACCUCCACAGCUGGUGGCCGGCCAAUUGGACAGGCUCCAGCGCCUUUGCUGCAGCAACAACCCCAACCUCAGCCACAGCCACGGCCUGCCCUACAGCACUAUCCCUCAUAUCCCGGCUCUUAUAAUAACAACAACGUUGUACAGCCUCCUCAGCCUCAGCCCCAACAAUACCAAGUCCAGCACCAGAACUCGGCCCCGGGGAACCUGCAAAACUAUCAAUAUCAGCCCCAGCAGAUUACCACAAGCCCCUACUAUAACAUCCCGCCGGCAAGUGGCCCCACGAUCAUGGCACCAGCCCAGCAGAUAUACCGGCAGCCGCAGCCACAGCCACAGCCAGCUGGUGCUGGCUCAGGUGGCCAGCAGGGGAACAACAACGACUUAACAAACAUGAUGGCCCAGAGCUUCCUUGAUGCUGCCGCCCAGCAGGCUGGGCAGACCCUCGUGCAGAACUUGAUGGGUGGUGGUGAUAAUAAUGGUGGCACCGGCAAUGAUGGUGGUGGGAAUGACUGUGGAGGUGGCGGCGGUGAUGACCCUUCGGGGGGCUCGUCUGUGUUAGGGAACGUCCUUGGUGCUGUGUUCGGUGGCGGUGGUGGAAGCGGAGGUUCAGAUGAUUGACGAGAUUGAUGCAUGGUUUUCUAUCAACGCUUUUAUCUCCGAUGUUAUGAUCGUUAAAAUUUGGUCACGUUGGAAUGACAGUCAAAUGUGAAUUUCUUCUUUUGGGAUAAUUUGAAGUUAUCUUAUUUUUA